GUGGCGUCACCAGGGGGGGGCUAUGGGGGCUAAGCCCCCCCAAACCAAGGACUCAGCCCCCCCAAAAAUACUUCUACCCUCAAAAAUUAAUAUUUCUCUAGUUUUAGCCCACUUGGGCCACUUUACAUGUCAAAGCAUAACCUUAUUUUCGGGUUUAAAAAAAAUUGGUUUCACUUAGAUAUUGAAAUAUGUUUCCUGACAGAUCUCCAUAUUUGUAUGCUCUAUUAUACAGAUAUUCUAUUUUAUUCAUUAUUCUAUAGAAUCAUCGGUACCUCUGCUGAACCAUCCCUGCAUCAGAGCAUUAAAUAAACAAAAUAGUUACCUCUCAUUUUUUAUUAGUAAGACUCGUUUUCUUUUAUGGCAUGCAGUCGUCAGUCGAGUCCAUGCUUCGCUUCAGUGUUGACGUGUUUAUCACAGGAAGGGGAUAGUCUCCCGGAUAGAUGGACAGUCAUCUCGAACUUUAAGCCACAAACAGACCGUCUGCAUUAUUGGGGUGGUGAUCUAUGAGGAUUCAUCAUAGCAACAAGCCAGGGGUGAAGGAAAGCACCAAACACUUCAGAACAAGCUGGAAUGAUGAAAGACGGCCUACACCUUUCCUGCAGAACUGAAGAGGCAGCAUUUAGUUUAAACAGCAUCCACAUCUAUCAGUUCCUUCUACAAGACCCAUCACUUCACAAAUCAAAAUGUCAUUACAACCCUUCCUUGGUGGAAUAGGAGACGAGGAUCGCAGGGUGUUCAGACUCAUGAAGAUAGUGGCUAGUGAAGGUCGUCAUGCCCUUCACUUUGUAUUCAAGUGGGGAUGCAAGAAAAAACCCACAGAGACAAUAGAGGACUACUUAAGAAAUAAAGGCAUGAGCAUUGAGGAUUAUGAAGAAAUAUUUCCCCCUAUGUUACAAGAAACAAUCAACAAUGAUCCUUCUGGAGAAUCUUAUGAUGUUACCCUUAUUUUUCCUUGCAUCAAGUGGGGUUGUUAUCAGCUUGCAGAACCAAAAGAUGAUAAAUGGAAAGAUGGGCAAGAAAACUUGGAAUCCCUCUGCACAAAUCUUAAAAAUAUUAGGAAUCGAUUGUUUCAUGGGGAGAAAAUACCUAAUGAUGAUGUUAUGAAUGAAAAGUGCAAAGUCAUUAAAGAAAUAUCAAAGAAAAUUGUUAAAAAAGCAGGGAGUAAGUAUGGAGUGUCUGAUGAUGAAGUCAAAAGUACCCUCAAGGAAAUAAAUAACCAAGUCUGUCAUAUUAUGAGUGCACGCCUAGGAGAAAAAGAAUUUAACGAACUGUCAAAGUUCAAAGAAGAACAGAAAAAAUCCAUUCUUGAAAUUGGGAGAAAGGAGUUGCCAGAGCAAUAUAAAAAUACAUCAAAGAUUGAUCCAGCAUCCUUUGUGACAGGGAAGGAACGGCUGGAUGUUAAGAAUGUGUUUACUAAGCUUGAAGUCAUAUGUGAGAACAUGGAUGAAACUCAUGAAGUGGGAUACAAGGAGCUGCUUGAGGUGAAGACUGAACUUGAGGAGAAGCCAACAGUCAUAAUAGUGGAAGGUGAUGCAGGAGCUGGCAAAACUACUUUAACAAAACUGAUCCUGUCAGACUGGGCUGAAGGAUCCACCAUUUUUACGGGUCUUGAACGCUAUGACUUGGUUUUCCGAGUUGAAGGAAAAAAAAGGAUCUCCUCUUACUUAGGGCUAAUUCAGGGCCUCCUGCCAACAGCUUCAUAUGAAUAUGAUGAUGAUGACCUAGUUAGGUCUGUACUUCAGCUGAAGGUCUUGCUUGUCAUGGAUGGCUUUGAUGAACUAAAUACAGAGUCUGAGAAGCUUAUCAAAGAACUAUUAGACCAACAAAUACCAAGUAGCAAAGGUCGCUUACAACUCCUGAUCACCACAAGGCCCAGCAAGCUCUCUGACCUUUGCAAUGUUCUUGGUGCACACACUAAGAAGAUUCAGACAAAGCUAAGAGGAAUAUCUUUAGAAAAAAGAGUGGAAUUUGUAACAAAAUUACACGAUGAAAUGAUCAAAGAGGAACAAAGUGAUCAGGACACCCAGAAGCUGGUUGACCUCUUGAAACAGUCCCAGGCCCGCCUUGGUGAGCACUAUCGACUGCCUCUCAACCUCACACUUCUGACCUACCUCUGGGCCUCUGACCCCACCAAAGUGAAUCCUGAAACGACCUCAACUGGUCUCUACAUUGCCUUCCUGGAGCUGAUUGAGUCUCGCUUGCAGACACGACUCCAAGAAAGGUUAGGUUGUGUGGCCCUGCCCAAAGGUAGAAGUAAAAAAGUAGUAAGGGAGUUUCAGAAAGAUUUGUACAGAGUUUGCAUGGACACGCUUCUAUCAGACUCAAUGCAGCUCUCUACUGAAUCAAAAGAUGUACUGGGAAAGAAGUGUGAAGACUUAGAAGUCCCUUUCGAUGAAAUGAUUGAAGCUUUUCUUGUAGUUGAAAAGGAGUGGACAAGCAGUGGCUACAAGACUGAGCUGACUGUGCCUCACAAAAGCAUUUUAGAAUUUUAUGCUGCAAAUCAAUUCAUGACAUAUAUUAAUAAUAAACUAAAGAAUGAUGAACCAGAGAAGAAGAUUGUAUCUUUGUUGAUGAAUUGUUACAUUACAAAAGCUGAAAUAGAUGAUAUCCUUCAGAGAUCUGAAAGUGAAGAUGUAAAGUCGCUGAAAAAGAUUUGCAAUGAUCUUCUUAAAACAGACCAAAACUUGGCCAAGUAUGAUAACAUGUUCUUACACCUGACAGGUCUGUUGACUCAUCAGUGCCCUGACAUGUUACAUAGGUAUGCUGAGGAUCUUGUUGAUAUACUAAAGGAAGCUGAGUUCAAGGGAACCAAGUGGCUUGACAUUCUUGUGGAAGCCAAAUGUGAUGACACGCUGGCCACCCUCCUCGCUCCACUAAAUGACCUCCAACUCAUAGUCCGCGAUGGCCAUAUGGGAGCUGCCCUUGCACUGUUCAAACACCUGGACACCAACAUCCCUGUGCAGGUUAUUCUGGAGAAUGAAGUGACCUACAUUCCACGCCUGGAUGAUAUGUUGUGCCAGCUCUCGCAGAGGGACUGUGCAGUGCAAAUUUUCUUCAAACACCAAUGGAAGAAUAAGGAAUGUGGCUCUUCUGAUGAAUACCUAGGCAAGCUGCGGCCUGGGGGGUGCAGCAGUUAUGGGUGCAGUGUGACUAAAUUCACAGGCCAUCUGGGCACACUUUCCUGCCUUCCAGAGACCACAACAGAGCUGAAGAUUGCCUUUGCCAACACCGAACAUGCCAAGCAACUUCUGGUGGAACUGAAUGACUUGGUGAACAAAAGAAGUGAUAUUACAUAUAUAGGAAUCCACGUGAUGUCAGAGGUCAGGCCUGAUGGCCUGACGCCUCUGCCUGUUCUAAAACCCCUUCAGGGAAGAGAGACUGGCAGUCUUUGGCUCUCUGGGGUAGAUAAAGACUGGCAGAUGAAGUGUGGAGUGAUUCGUGCACUCCUUCCUGAUGAGGGGAUGUUCAACUCCAUUAUGUUCCCUCAAUGCAACUUUACUGCCAAGCGUUGCACUGACAUCCUUAAGUGCCUGAAGGAGCUAGGAGUAAAGGUGAACAAGAAAGGAGGCAUUCGCUUCUUCUCCACUCUCAAGAAAAUUGAACUAUUGGAGCUUAAGGAGUUUGCCAGGCAAAGUCUUGGCUGUGCCCUGUACUGCUCUGAUGAGUCCAGUGUGUGGUAGCCUGACCGGUGAGACAGGAAGCCUUCAUGUGGCGACACAUUGCGGAGGUAAUGAAUGGCCCAGGCCAAGAUGGGGUGUGGGAUUCAGUGUCUCCCAUGCACAGGCCCUUUGUGAUUUGAGGCUGUGAAGUACUGGGCUUUCAUUCAUUAAAGUAAGUAAAGGUUAAGUUUGGGGCAUAUUCUACAGUGGCUACAUUGGCGCUCAUCUUCACCCUCCCAGCCCUGGAGCGUGUGGUAGGUAAGGAGCUGAGAACCCACAACCCAGGGCCACAGGGCCAGUGUGACGGCUCAAGGGCAACAAAGAGGA